AUGCACUUUCGACUCCUCAUCCAGAUCUUUAACCUGUUUCGACAGCCUGUCAAUGAAGCAAAACCUGGAGAUUUGAUUGAAAUACCUGGAAAUAUAUAUACACACUGGGCCCUCUACAUUGGACAUGGAGACGUCGUACAUUUAACUUCAGAUGGAGCAAGUGGAGGUGUGAGUUUUCGCUUCUCUAGCUCGACAAAUGUUGCUGUGAUUAAGAGGGAGCCUCUCACUGAGGCAACUAGAGGUGAUCCCUGCUAUGUCAACAACCGUUCAGACACAAUGUUUGAUGCAUCACCCGUGGACGAGAUAAUAAACAAGGCUAAACAAAGCAUUGGACGGAAAGUGUAUUACAAUCUUCUAAAACAAAACUGUGAACAUUUUGUAAACGCACUUCGAUAUGGUAAAGUGAUUUCGUACCAGGCUAAUGAUGCAAACCUUGUUAUUGGUGUAGGGUCCAUCGCCAUUGCAGCUGUAAUGGCCAUUCUUGCCUUUCUUUGGAUUGUGGGGCGUUAUUUAAAAUGA